CGGGCCGACCGAGUCCCGCGGAGGACAGGACAGGCGCCAGGGGUCGCGCAGGCCCACCCGCGAGGCACCGCGAAGCACCGCGAGACCCACGAGGAGCGGCUGGAGCGGGCGCGCCCGCGGCGUGGCGAGGCGUGGCGCGGUGUGGCGCGGCCUGGUGACGAGCGGCCCCGAGCGGCUCGCAGCGGCCCGCAGCCACAGGUGCGGGAGGGAGGCGCUGCCCCCGCCAGGAUGACCCCGUGUUGAUACUCCAGUCAACAGUGUCGUGUGAAAGGAUGGCCGCGCUGCUGGUGCUGGUGCUGGGCUGGCCCCUGUUGGCGCUGGCGGCCGCGCUGCCGCACUCGCCGCAGGAGGUGCUGCCGCUGGACCGCCUGGGCGAGCGGGAGCCCACCUGCGACCAGCUGCGCGCCAUGUGGCUCUUCUCCAAGCGGCAGUCGCGCGCCGCGCAGAUCACCAACGAGAUACCCACCUACCGGGACGCGUUCGCCUACACGUGGGAGUCGGCCAUGGGUGGCCGCGGCGGCCAGGGGCAGUCAGGCACGCCGGACUACGCCCACGUGCGCUUCCGCAACGGCGCGCGCGCCGCCUACCCGGGCCCCGUGUACGGCCGCAUCGUGGAGAACACCCCGCCGCGCUGGAGGAACAGCCCCGCCGGACGCAUCCGCAACUUCGAGGACAACAGCCCGACGGGCCUCGCCUCGGGCCGCCUCUACAGCGGCCAGCCGCACCGGACCGCCAGGAUCUCGGGCGGGGGGCUGCCGCCGCAGCAGACGGGGAGCUUCCAGCACCUCAAGGAGAUGAUCCGCCAGGAGCGCCUCCGGGAGGUGCAGGAGCAGCGCCUGGCCGAGGAGGCGGCGGCGGCCCGCCAGCUCAAGGACAACUCCAAGCCGCACUUCGGCCGCGUGCUCAACGGCCCAGCCUCCUCUCUCGACCUGGUCAUGGCGUCCGCCAACAACAACAAGCGCAGCGCGGCCGUCGAGGCCGAGACAGAAGCAGAGGACGUUCUCUCGCCCGACCAGGUGGAGGACAAGCCCUGGUGACGGUAGCGGGGCUCGCAGGGGACUCGAGGACUUCCACCAUCGCGGCCCUGGCCGUGGCAGAGGCCCUGGCAGAGGCCCUGGCAGAGGCCUUCCGUCGUGAGCGUGGGCGCUGCCCCCGGCAGGUCAGCUAGCCAAAAACCCGCCUCCUACGCACCAUCACCCCCGCGCACCAAGCCGCACCAGCUCCACCACCGCACCGCCCUCCAGCACGGACCCCUGCACGGCGCGCGGGGCCCGCACCGCCCGCACUGGGGCAGCCCAGCCCCCGGGCCCCCGCGCGUCCUCGCGGCCCGUUCGGCCCGCAACGAGCACCACCGCACUAUUGCACGCCCCUUCCCAGCACUCCUCACCGCCGCUCCCCGCGCCCCGACGGGCCCCCCAGCCACCCGAGGGGCACCCCCGCGCCGCAGCAGCGCGCCGCCGCUCGCGCACCGCCACUACUCGCCGCGACCCGCACCGCCCAGGGUGGCCGCCGCCUCGGCCGCCGCCGGGGCAGCCUCAUGCUUCCGCCACUGUGACGCCCUCGAGGUCUUGGAGGCCGCGGGGGGGCGAGCCCCCUCCCUGCCCCCUCUGAGCCCCGUGCGGGGGUCGGGCCGCUGGUCGGGCCCCCUCGCCCCCCUCCGAGUGCCCCGCCACCGUUUCGUGUAAACAUAUCCAAUGAUAUCAUGUAACGACAUAUCUGGCCCGCUCGCGCGCGUUUGUGCACGUUGGUCGUCGCUCUGAGGUCGAGCCUGUACAUUGACUUUGUUAAGCGGGAGAUUAAGUCCUUGUAAUUUGGUAAAUAAUAGGUAUACGGAAUCGAGUAGAAUGUUGCCACAGCGCAGAUAUUUCUCAAUUCACCGAAGUUUGUUGAGAAUAAUCAUUUUGAACUGUGUCAAUCAGUGAAUACAAACACAUUUCUUUUUAUAGUGCCGCUAUGUUUGGCGAGGCAGUGACAGAUUCUCUGUCAAGAAGCCGACAUAAUAAUGCGGUCACUAAUACUUUGAUGGGAAAAUUUAACGGCGUUCAGUUUGCUUAGCUAUGAGAUGACAAACGAUACUUUGCUCAUUUGAAUGUUCAUUUUCGUGGAUUUUGAAGCUUGUCUUGAGGCGUCCGCACACGCCUUUGUUUUAAAAAGACAGCAAAACAUGAAUACCUUUAUUCCACGUUCCACCAGAUUUGUGAGGCAACUCCUCGCGCGAUGAAUACGAAUUGUGUACGGGUGCACGCUGUCCAGUGUUUCACAGCUCGCAUGUUUUUCUUUGCACAUGGCACUCAAAUUUUUGACCUGCACAACUUCACUGCACUUUUCUAAUUUUUUAAGCACUGCAUGUCUUGGAAAACUUUCCAUGUUUUUAUAUUUUGUAUAACAAAAGUUCACGAGAAAAUUUUACAGCAGUCUUCCGGCAAUAUACGAAGAACGAAUUAUUCUCAGCAAUCUCUUUAAGCGUUUAAGUUUAGUAGGGGCUUUGCUGUUAGGCAUCCCGGUACCGUGUGUCAGGGCUAAGACACAGCAGUGUGUGGCUUUGCCUACCCGCUCUACCCGUAAGGGGCGACGGCUCCUGGAGUAGGCCAGCCCGCAACACUGCUGUGUCGUCGCCCCUGACACGGUACAAAACGCUGACGCUUUUCCGCCCCGAGGUGAAUUUAACUCUUCGUCAAUUACGAACCCUCUGGACUUUGAGAAGACACUGACAAUAACUAAAGUUUUAUUGGACUGGUUUCCUUGUGAUAGUGGGGAUUAGUAGGAUUACGUAUUUACUCUUCGGGCUGAAUUAAGAGACAAUAAACUAAAUUGUUUCAAGCAAAUUAUCUCAUGCCAUGGCAAAAUCGAUUUUGAGAAAUAUCUUCUAACGCUCUACCUUAUUUUCGGUUAACCUCCUCAGAUAUGUAAGUUAUUCUUAACAAGUGCGAUGCGUGUCACAUAUUAGAGGUUGGUAACAGCGUUGGAACUAGAGAGCUAGGAAACUCUUCGUAUAAAUUAUAUUAUAAUAUUCAAACUUGUAUCUGCGUCUGAGAAGCGGUUCUCGUAGGUUCUCUGAGGACGAGUCUUGCCUCACACCGUUUACUUAUAGCGAGCACCUUGCGCCAUAGACUUUUAGUAAUCCUAAAUGCUGCUGAGAGACGGGGGACUCAGUGAGAAACGGCGUGGACGCGACGUCUAAACGACAUGAAAACGACGUUAAAAUGGGCGAAUUGACGUCGCAACGAUAUCGUUGCCUUAAACAAUUUCUCGCGCGGGAAUGACCAUGACGAGUCGCGUGGCGGUGAGCCAGCCCAAUGAGAAAUGACGGCCAAACAUCGAAACGAUGUAAAAAUAGUCGAAUUGACGUCACAACGGUAUCGUUUCGGCAUUAAUUUGUCACGGGACAGUAGGUUGAUAUGAAGGUUGUGGAGAGCAGGACAGGCAAGCGUAAUGGAGACGAAAGGUUUCAACAUUAACUAGCGGGGUCAGAGCUGGUCAGAACUAAUACUUUUUAGUCGAUUCUCUGCCUUCUGCGUUCUCGUCGCUCAAUGUAAGAAAUGGUUAACAAUAAUGUUAAAUAAUGUAGGGCCUGCGCUAUAAACGCUUUCGGUGUUUAUGAAGACUUAACUAAAUCUUACCCCUAGUAUUUAAGCUUCAAAAUCUCUAUUUUUAAUCUAUGUUUGACCCUAGCUCGUACCCCUUUUCUGUAUUUUUUUUCUUGUGUGGCUAGGAAAUGUGGAACGGCUAAACAGCUGAAGUCUGGAAAUUUUUUUAGCCACGCGGGCUUGCGCCGCUUCUAUAUACAAACUUCGCAUAUCUUGCAAUGCAAAAUGUCUUCCACAAUUUCCGUUAGUUACCUUAUUGUAUCAGAAUGAAUCAUUAUUCAAUUCGUUAUUCCAGUUCAUAUCAGUGAAUAGUUUCGCAUUAAAAUUCGUUCAGGCUGUUACAGGUUGUCAUAGGCCUAUGUACCUCGCACAUAUCCAUUUGUAUCUUUUUUUUCGGAAUUCUCAGCAUAUCAAAGUUAUCUGAAAUUUAAAUACACCAUUUAUUUACGUUUUCCUGAAGGCAAGGUCUAUUUUUUUUCUCUUCUAUCUACUUAGUUGGAGGGGAAAUAGAGAACAAAAGUCCAUUAAGAUUGCGUUAGCUUGUACAUAGUCCGUUCAACGUGACCGACGAUUUAAUACCACAAGCGCAUCGAUGUGUGUGUGUGUGUUCAGUAGUAGAUUUGAGCUGGAUAUUGAGGAUACGAAAACUCUACAGCCUUUAUAAAUCUCCGAGUUAAAACAUUUGUACCUUUGUUAACUUUAAUAUAGUUUCCCCCAUCAGAUUUGAGUAUAACUUAUAGAUUAUAAACAGAAUUCAGCACUAAGUAAUUCCCAUUUUUAUUUCACUUUAUGCGGGAAUUCAUGCCAAAUCGUAAUUGUGCAAAUGCUAGUCACUAUUCAUAUCGAUGGCAGUGAACUUUCUAAAAGAUGAUUUGUUUGGAAAAGCAGCUCAAAAAAUUUCUCACAGUUUCAAGUUGUUGCAGUCGAAAAUAAGUGGCGCGAACCAAUGCAAAGUGUUACUGCCCUUUACGAAAAUGCCUCAUAGGCUUUUCGACCAUCGUUGGUAGUUCUUCCUUUCCCCCACCAUCACAUGGGAGAGGCAGCGACCGGAGGAACAGCAGCUGUAAAGCGAUCGCAAAUACCAUUUGACUAUUUUUUAUCGAUGCUUUCACCCGUGGACGAAUGUUUUUGGGGGGUUUAUAUUGGAAUAUUUCGUAUUCUACUCUCCAUAUCCUUGAAAUAUGAUUAUCUGUUAUUAGUGUCGACAAUCUGUGGGUCAGGCUCAGGUAUAAUGACUAUCAUGGGUCACCCUCAUCAAAAAGAGUGAAUAUAUUCAACCAAAUUGAUGCUUCUAGUUGUUUUAGCGCGUUAAAGUUAACAUAACGAAAGGAAUAGACUACGCCCCUUGUUGAUUUCUAUGUGACAAUAAAUAGAUUACCUCCAAUAAA